AUGGCAAUGAAAGUUUCGGUGCAGCAGCUUAGCGGCAACACCAUCAUUCUCGAGGGCAAGCCUGAGAUGACCGUGGGGGAGUUUGAACGGCAGAUCAAAGAGUCUCAAGAUUGGGACGAGCUGACGCGCCAGACAACUGUGGCGGAGGUGGUGCUGGAAGGCCACAAGUUGCUGGACAAAGAUGCGACGCUCGUGGAGGUAGGCCUUUCUUCUGCUUCAAAUGUGUUGGUCAUUUGGAGAAAGAAGAGGGUGAGGCCCUCCAGAAGAGAGAAGCUUGGCAACAUUGACCUGGACUGA